AUGUCUGACAAUACUAGGGGUGUGUUCUCCUUAAUCAUUAUCAACAAAGCUGGUGGUCUUAUCUACCAGCGCGAGUUCCAGGCUGGACUGCGCAAGCUCUCGACAAAUGACUACCUAGUCCUAGCUGGCACUUUUCACGGUGUUCAUGCAAUCACCCGCUCUAUCACACCAAAAAUCCCCAUCGCUCAACCUACUCCCUCCCCCGCAACGGGCACAACUGGUCCUGCAGCGCCCGGUUAUUCCUACCCAAACCCCGGUGUACCAGUCUCUGGCUUGGAUUACCUCGAGACAGACAAGUUUCGAUUGACCUGUUUCCAGACCCUGACGGGGACAAAGUUCUUGUUGUUCACAGAUCCCUUGACUGGGAGUGUGGAAGGGAUCAUCCAGAAGAUUUACGAGCUGUAUGCGGACUACGUGAUGAAGAAUCCAUUCUACCAGAUUGAGAUGCCAGUGCGAUGCGAGGCAUUUGAUCGGCAUCUGGGGGCGUGGUUGAGGGGGAGGACAUAG